AUGUCUGAAUCUAACGGCGAUCAUCCAACAUAUAAUCCGAAUAAAAAUUUAAUGUUGCUAACAGUAACUGCUCCGGUUUCAAAUCACUUUUUAAUAUCAUCAUAUAAAGGUAAUUUACCAUUAUUAUCAACAAACUGUUAUAAAUGUCAUUUGUGUAAACACAUAACUGACGAUUGUUUAUUGACCUGUGCAAAUUGUGUAAAUAAUGGAAAAUUUUGUCAUUCAAAACAUGAAAAUUGUUCAAAUGCAUCUCCAAAUACUUAUGUAAAAUUAUUGAACAGUACAGAUUUAGACGAAUAUAAUCAACGAAAAACUAGUAGUACUCAAACACAUUUACAAAUUCAGAUAAAAAUGCAGCCAUAUUUGAAAAGACGUAAAACUUCUGAUGAAAUACUUGUUCGACGAAAACGUUUGGGUAUACUCAAACAACACAUACUAAAAAUGAGACAACAAUUAGAAAAAGAUAGUAACAAAUUGCAGGAAACACAUGGUAAAAUAAAUGUAUUGCAUGAUAAAAAAAAAUCUUACGAACGUAAAUUUCAAAAUAUUAAAGAAAUUUUGAAUGCAUCAACUGGUAAAGUUCAAACGAAAAAUUCUGAACGAAUUGAAGAUGAAAAAAACCUGUUAAUUACACGUAGACAACGAAUAAAUGAAAUAUGUAAAUAUAUAUUUCCAAUUGAAGAAACUUUUGAUACUGAUGAAGCUUCUGGAAUUGAAUCGACGGUGAGAGCCAUGAUUAACAAUGCUGAACAGACGACAGUUGAUGCUACAGGUCAAUGGUCGGAAUACGAUGAUCAAUCGUUUAAUAAGAAAUUUCGUAUUGUUGCUUCGUGUUUGCCAGGAAACGGUGAUUAUGCAUUUGAUAAACUUCUUCAGAUAAAAACUGAUUCAAUCGAAAAUGCCAAUUCAUUAUCAUCAUCAACCAGUCAUCAAUUAAAUGAAAUUAUGUCGGGAUUAUCACAUGCUUGUCAAUUAAUAAACAUAUUAGCAUUUUAUUUGAAUAUUACUCUACCAUUUCGUUUACAUCAAUUAGAAUUUAAUACAAACAAUGUCACAAUCGAACGUUUACGUGCCGAUAUUGCAAAACUAAAUGCAAAUAUUUUAUGCGGAUGUUUUUCUCAAGGCAUACCAAUUAAUUAUUCAAAUGCUAAACAUACAAUAGAAAAUUUAUCUAAACUAAUAUUGGUGAAUGAAUAUCAAAGUCGUCCAAAGCCGAUCAUCUAUUCUCAAAAUUAUAUUGAUAUGAUUGAACGAGAAGUAAAUGAUAUUAGUCGAGCGUAUGUAACUGAUUAUUGGUGGGAUGAUUUCGAGAAAUAUGAUAUGUUGAACGGGGAUGAUUGGGAAACAGUACCACAAGAUUAUAAUAUUCCUGACGAUCCUUAUCUUAUCGAACAUAGUACACAAAAUACAGCAAUGAGUGGUUCGAUUGGAUUAGCAUUAAAAAAUAAAAGUAGUCUUAUUUUAUCGCUAGUACGAAGUUUAACAACAUCUUCAAAAACUUAG